AUGAGUGAAACUACAGUUGCACAAGCUAUAGCAGAUGUUAUGCUAUAUAGCGAACAUAGAAAAGCAUGGCAUCCUCCUGAUGGAACAGAUGGAAAGUCUCAUGUUCAAAUUUUACAACACAAUGUGAACAACGGUUUCCGCAUUGUAGCUGUUAGUGCACAGGAAGGAUUUUGUGUUCUGAAUUGCAAUAUCCAUCUUCGACUUAAGUAUCACACAGCUACUCCUACCUUUCACCAAUGGCGAGACGAACAGAGGCAGGUGUAUGGAUUGAACUUUACCUCGGAAGCCGAUGCCAAUCUCUUCGUUAUGGCCAUGAGUAAGGUUCAAGAGCUCCUAACCAAUCGGAAUUUACAUGGAAACAGUGAAUAUCAUAGUAUACAACACGAUAACGUGUAUCAAGAUCCUCAGCAACAUUUGCAACAUAUACAAUCUGCUCCUAAUUUCCGAGACAACGAUAACUCUCUUCACCCUAGCUUCAGAAAGUCUUCACAUGCUGUGCAAGGUAACGACUUCAUGAAUCAACAACAACGGAGGUCCUCCCAAGGAUCGAAUGCGUCACCAGUGAGUGGCUCGAUGAAUGGUGGUCCAAUGUAUCAACAGCAGCAACCAUUGAACCACCAAACGAGAGCGCCACCAGCUCCUCCAGCCCCUCCCGCUGCAGCUCCUCCACCUGCUCCUCCUCCACCUCCUGCUGGCUUAGCUACAGGGAACGCUCCUCCUGCUCCACCUCCACCUCCACCAAAUUUGAUGUCUGCUAAGCUCAAUGGCGGAACAAGUCUCGUUGAUCAGCUGAAGAAUGCCUCGUUGAAGAAAACUGGUGGCGUAAAAGAAAACAGAUCUCAAUCCUUAGCGGAAUCAAGUGGGACAUCCGCACCACCACCUCCUUCUACAUCUAACGGCGGAGCACAUGGGUGUUUAAUAAACGAAUUAGCGGCUACCAUUAAUAAACGUAAAAUGAACCAAGCGAAAGCUGAUGCUGCUGAUAAUUCUGACUUAUUUCCUCCUUCUCCAGGCUCAUCGGAUAGUGGAUGUGGUGGUAUUCAACCUCCAUCUAAUGGAGUUAAGAAAUGGGAAAGUGUAAAAACGAAUGGACACACAGACAGUCCAAAAACUCACAGAAAAGUACCCUCUGGGUCAUCAAUAUCCUCUCAAGAGGAAAUACCUGCUAAACCCGUAGGGUCAGUAACGGCAGAAUACUUGGAAAGAUUUAAAGCAGAUCUCAUGGUUGAAGUGCGGCUGGAAAUCAACAAAGCAAAACAAGACAUCAUAGAAGCUUUAAAAAUGGAAUUAUCGAGAAAAUAA